ACUGAGUGUUGACACAUUUCAAGUUGAAUAUCGAUCAGAAAAAGUUAACAAUUUCCAAUAAAUACUUAAAUUGUGAUUAAGCUGAACGAUAUGAAGAUGCUAAGUAUUGGAUUGAUUUAAGUUACAAUCAAUCAAAGUGAUUAGAUUUAUGAUUAACAAGGAGAUGAAAGUAGCAACUGCUCAAGUCUCUGCUUUGGACAAGUGAAAAACCAUCGCCAAUGAGUUUUGUUUGUUAACAAUAAGAAUCUAUUCUAAAUGUGAUUAAUUGAUUUCCAUGAUAACUGAACAACACUUUGAAUACCUUUCGAAAUAUUCAAAUUGUUUCGUCACAAUUGUCACUCGAUUUCAUUUCUCCCUCUUUUCCUUCUUCUUUUCCCUCUUUUUCCCCUUUUUUCUUUUUUUCUCUUCCUUUCAUUUCUCAUAACAGCUGAGCCACUUUGGAGUUAAUUGUUAUCAAGAGCUUCUGUCACUUCUUUUAAUUGUAAAUUGUUAAUAAUUUAGUUCUUAAUGUUCACAAUUUGGAAAACAUCAAAACUCAACAUUUGAAUCCACCACCGAGUCUUUUUUUGCCUUCACUUUGUUACAUUGAACAAAUUUGCUGGUCUAUUGAUACGCUAAUCAUUAAUGGAGAUGGUGAUUGUCUUUGUUAACUAAUCGCCAUUUAAUUUUAAUUUAAUUUAAUUUAUAUGCUCUGAUCACCAAUGGCCAAGUUGUUUUCUAUUUUAAAUCCGAGAGAAAAGAUUCUUUUUCUUUCUAAUCUAUAAUUAUGUUCUUACCUUAAUGAUGACUUUUAUGAUGUCAUUAAUUGAUUCAUUGAUUGGUAUAAUCAUUUGAUUGUUGAUAAUGCCUGUUAAGUGGAGCCUUGAUUGUUGCCGUUCAAAAAAAAGCUCAGAAGAUGCUGAGGUAAAUCAAAGGAGUAGAGAGAUUGAUAAGCAAUUAGCCAAGGAAAAGGCAAUCAUGAGACGUGAAGUUAAAUUGUUACUUCUUGGUGCUGGUGAAAGUGGUAAAUCAACUUUCUUAAAGCAGAUGAAAAUUAUUCAUGGAUUUGAAUUUGAUCGUAAUCAAUUGGAGGAAUAUCGGUCAAUCAUCUUCUCUAAUGUUAUCAAAGGAAUGAAAGUGCUACUUGAUGCCCGAAUUAAGCUGCUUAUCCCCUGGACAUCAGAGAUCAGUCAAUCUUUAGCUGAAUCUGUUUUCUUCAUGGACGAUAGCUUUUCUCUUGAUCCUCAAAAUUUUUGUUCAAAUGCUCCAUUGAUCGAGAAACUUUGGUCCGAACCAGCCAUUAAAACGGCAUUUUCAAGACGAUCCGAGUAUCAGUUGAGCGAUUCAGUGAGAUAUUUUUUUGAUUGCCUACCGAAAUUAUCUAAACCUGAUUACCUUCCAUCAACCUUGGAUAUCCUUCAUUGUCGUAGAUCCACCAAAGGAAUCGCUGAAUACCGAGUAACAAUUAACGAUGUGCCCUUUAGAUUUGUUGAUGUUGGUGGUCAACGGUCACAGAGACAGAAAUGGUUCCAAUGUUUUGAUUCUGUUACCUCAAUUCUUUUCCUGAUAUCAUCAAGUGAAUAUGAUCAGGUACUUUUAGAGGAUCGACAGACUAAUAGAAUCAUAGAAUCACUGAUGAUUUUUGGUACCAUCGUUAAUCACAAGGCCUUUUGGGAUGUUUCUAUUAUCCUAUUUCUCAACAAAACCGAUUUACUCAAACAAAAAUUGAAUUCUCUUCAAGCAGCGAUCAAUGCCAAUGAAAACAAUUCAAGUAACAAAAGCUCAUUGAAAGACUCAAAACACCAAUUCCACCAAAAUCAUCAUUCCAGUCAAAAUAAAAGCCAAUCUUCAAUAAAUCUGAAAACCUACAAAGAUUAUUUCCCUGAUUUCGAUGGAGAUCCGUUUUCAAGUGAAAGUAUCCAGAAUCAUAUGUUAACCAUGUUCAAAAAUAAACGAUUGGAUGAAAAGCCAAUUUAUCAUCAUUUCACCACAGCAAUUGACACAGAAAAUAUAAAAUAUGUUUUUAAUGACGUUAGGAAUACGAUAUUACAGAAAAAUAUAACGGCUCUCAUGUUAAAUUAACUCAAUUCUUCAGAUUAAGAGGAUUAUCUAAUUUACAAUCAAGUGGAAUUAACUGAAACUCAAAGUGAAUUAACAGCAGUUGUUUUCGUUUAUCGCCAAUUAAUCUGUUCACUGAUUGUUAUUAUCGAUACAAUUUUCUUUAAAAUUCAAUUUAAUUGAUUCUACAAUUUAUUAAUCACUCUUCCUACUGAGGAUGUGGCCAAUCAAGAAAUUAUAAUCAAGGAAAUUGGAAUCUAUUGAUAUAAUUCUAAACCGAUAAUAGAAUAUUGACUUUCUUAACUACUUACGUUCCAGCAAUCAAAUUGUUACAAUUUAAUGAUCUCUCCAUUGACCUUUACAAUUGCCAAACACCUUCAGCUAUUCCUAUAAUAAUCGUGAUUAACUAAUCAACACCAAGAGCCAAAUCAAAUAAUUACAAAGAUUUCAUCUUGUUAAUUAACCAAUUGCCAAACUCUCCAUCAAAAUCAGAUCAUUUAAUUGUUAUUUUCUUCAAUUACAAUUUAAAUUUACCAUCGGUGCCCUGUUCUUAACCGAUCGACACAAGUAAACACUCAAAACAUGAUGUUUUAUUAUUAAUUACAAUUAAUGAUUACAAUUCCAAGCAAUUUACCUUAAACCAUUAUCUUAAUAAUCCACAACUUUUGCAGUUAUUUUAUAUUAACUCAAUUAACUUUUGACAUAAUUGUUGGAAAAAAUUUUCUACUUUCAUUGAAAACCCUUUUAAUUGUUAAUCAAACAAUCAAGUACAACAAUUAACUCACAAAAAUUCACAAACAUUAUAACCCUCACUUUGUAAAUUAUUGAUUUUACCUUAAAGUUACAUCCUUGAUAAUUUUACUUCCAAACAAUCAACUAAUCAAUUAUUAUUUACAUUCAAACUGUAAUGUUGACUUACCUUUUUUGUUGUGUCGAUUUUUUUUUCGCAAAUCAAAUUAACAAAUUGCUCAAAAUUAUGAGAAACUAUAAACAUGACAAAAAAAAACUUGAAGUUCUAACAACAAAUCAAA